AUGGACGAAACUGCCUCUCGAAUUGGUUUAGGAACCAUCCUACUCCUCCUUUUCACUUUGUUGUUGUUGUGUCUUUCUUUCUGUUGUACAGCAGACGAUAUAUAUCGUCCCAAUGACCUCUUCAGCAUCAGCUGUGGCUCAUCCACCAACUUCUCCACUCUCGAUACUCGGAAUUGGACUGCAGACAUCAAAUUCCUCUCUCCAACCCACCAAGCAGUUGCUGCUCCUCCACUCACACCAUCUACCCAACAGGGUCCUUACAACUCCGCUCGUCUCUCUCAAUCCCAAUUCACCUACUCAUUCCCUGUCACCCCAGGCCCUAAGUUCCUCCGCCUUUUCUUCUACUCAACUUCAUACCCCAACUUUGAUCGCUCCAAAGCCUGUUUCACUGUCCAAGCAGGCCCAUACACCCUCCUUCAACAUUUCAAUGCUUCCCUUAAUGCUGACGCCCAUGGCAACCCUGGCAACACCAACAUCUUGUUCAGAGAGUAUUGUGUCCACGUAGGAGAUGGUGAGAGGCUCAAAAUAACAUUCAUUCCCAGCGCCACUGAUUCGCAUGCUUUCAUUAAUGGAAUCGAGAUUGUUUCCAUGCCCUCUUAUCUCUACUACACCAAUCCUGACAAGGACAGCAAUGCAUUUCCCAAAAGUGCUGAGUCCGGCAACCGAUUUCCCAUUGAAAUCAACAAUGCUUUGGAGACAAUGUACAGGUUAAGAGUUGGAAAGAGACCUAUUCCCUCCUCAGAGGACACGGGUAUGCUCAGGACCUGGGAUGUCGAUACAAAAUAUGUAACCAGUCCAAGUGCAAAUUCUAUUGAUUUGGACAUUAAAACCAAAUUGAACUUCACUGAAGAGACUCCUAAUUACACAGCACCAGAUGCAGUGUAUAGAUCCUCAAGGAACAUGGGCCCUGAUGACUCUAACAUGAGGUUCAACCUCACAUGGCAGUUUGGUGUUGAUGUGGGCUUCACCUACUUGCUAAGUUUACACUUUUGCCAGCUUGACCCGGAGGUUAAUAAGCCUGGAGACCUCACCUUCCUCAUCUUCAUUCAGGAUCAUUUGGUUGAAGAGUGGGCUUCCGUCCUCGCUUGGAGCGGUAAACAGAAGGGUGUACCUAUGGUUAGACAGUACACAGUUAACAUCCUACCCAAUCACGACAUGACAAAUCUUUCACUUAAAAUGCAUCCUAACCCUGAAAGCUCGUUCAAGGACGCCCAAAUAAACGCAAUUGAACUCUUCAAAAUCAAUGUCUCAUCGGGUAAUCUCGCUGGACCAAACCCAUCCCCUCCUCCAAAAUCCUCCGAGGGUCUUAUUCAAAGUUCAAUCAAGAAAAGCAAAGGCACCACGAGGCCCCGAAUUGCCGCCGUCGCCGGUGCAGUUUCUGGUGUUGUUUUACUCUCCUCUAUAGUCACUUUCUUCAUCAUCAAACGCAACAAGAACGUUGCCGUUGACAAAGGUUCCAACCAAAAAGACGAAACUUCUCGCUGGGGUGGCUCAUCAUCGCUACCAACCAACCUCUGCCGUCACUUCACAAUCGCAGAAAUCAUAGCAGCUACCAACAACUUUGACGAACUCUUCGUGGUUGGCGUUGGAGGUUUCGGUAACGUGUACAAAGGCUACAUCGAUGCCGGUUCAACACCUGUGGCAAUCAAAAGACUCAAACCGGGUUCUCGGCAAGGUCUGAACGAGUUCAUGAACGAGAUCGAAAUGCUCUCUCAACUUCGUCAUCUUCAUCUUGUUUCCCUCAUCGGUUACUGCUACGAGAGAAACGAGAUGAUACUCGUUUACGAUUUCAUGGAUCGCGGAACCCUCUGCGACCAUCUCUACGGCACUGAUAACCCUUCGCUCUCAUGGAAGCAAAGGCUCCAGAUAUGCAUAGGUGCUGCACGAGGACUGCAUUAUCUGCAUACAGGUGCAAAGCACAUGAUCAUCCACCGUGACGUGAAGAGCACGAACAUCUUGUUGGAUGAAAAAUGGGUAGCAAAAGUUUCGGACUUCGGGUUAUCUCGAAUUGGACCAACGGGUUCUUCAAUAACCCAUGUGAGCACUCAGGUGAAAGGUAGUGUUGGGUAUUUAGACCCGGAGUAUUACAAACGACAGCGUUUGACGGAGAAGUCGGACGUGUACUCGUUUGGGGUGGUGCUCUUGGAGGUAUUAUGUGGGAGGCAGCCUUUGCUCCGUAUGGUGGAGAAGCAACAGGUGUCACUUGUUGACUGGGCGAAGCAUAUGUUUGAGAAGGGGUCUCUGGGUGAGAUUGUAGAUCCUGCACUGAAGUGCCAGAUAGCACCUCAGUGUUUGCGCAAAUUUGGUGAGGUUGCGCUCAGCUGUUUGCUUGAGGAUGGGACUCGGCGACCUUCCAUGAACGACGUCGUUGGGGUGCUGGAGUUUGUUCUGCAGCUUCAGCUUCAGGAUACUCCUCAUGUGAAUGUUGUGUUGGGGAAUGGUGAGGAUUAUGAAGACAGUACUACUGAGGACAUGUUUAGCAGUAGCCAUAGUAGUGUUCAUGUUUCAGACUAUAGUCAUAACAGUGGACUGAGCACUACAAGCUACGGGAGUAAAGAAUCUAGCAGGUUGAUCCCAGAGCUUGUUUUCUCUGAGAUUAAGGAUCCAAAGGGACGCUGA